AUGGUUCAGAAUCAAAAGACUCCAACGGAGCAUAAUUCCACGUUGUAUAUCUCACCAAUGAUGAAUAAGAAAAAUGAUUUAUUAUAUGUAACACCACCUAAUCCUACUACAUCAACAAAUAAAUUAUUAGAAACCCCAGGGUCAAAUAAAUCAACGUCACUGUUUUUCAAUUUUGAUAAAACUUCUCAACAUAAUGCUCCACAUCAUCAUAAUCAUGAUUAUUCAUUGGAUGAUCCAUUAACACCAGUUGAUAAAUUAAGAUUAUGGAGACAUGAUGCAAUUAUGCAACAUCAGUAUAAAACAGCUGAAUUUAUAGGUGAUAAAAUUUUGGAACUUACAUCUGAUCCAAAUGAUGCAUUUUGGUUAGCACAAGUUUAUUUUAAUCAAGGGAAUUAUCUAAGAUGUAAGAAUCUUAUAAGUAAUAAUGCAGACUAUAAUAAUUCAAUAAGUUGUCGAUAUUUGGCAGGUUAUAGUUUGAUUAAAUUAGAAAUGUGGGAUGAAGCAUUGGAUUUAAUUGGUGAAACAAAUCCUUUUAAAAAUAGCAACAACCACAACAAUAAUAAUAAUAAUAAUAAUAAUUCAACGAGGAUUUAUCAAGAUGAUGGAGGAAUUAAAUUAGAAGCAUCAAUGUGUUAUUUACGAGGGUUGAUUUAUGCUAACCAGAAUAAUUUUGAACGCGCGAAAGAAUGUUAUAAAGAAGCGUGUGUGGUUGAUGUGAAAUGUUAUGAAGCAUUUAAUGAAUUAAUUGAUAAUAAUCUAAUGACACCUACUGAAGAAUGGGAUUUUGUAAUGACACAAUUGAAUUAUCGUGAUAAUUUGGAUAAUAAUGAUGAAUUGAUCAAAUUGUUGUAUACGACCAAACUAAGCAAAUAUUUGAAUACCAAUAAAUUUGAAGAAAGUGAACAUAUUUUAAAAGAGGAGUAUGAUUUGAGGGAUAAUUGUGAUUUAAUGUUGAGUCGAGCAGAUUAUUUAUAUAUUCAAUGUAAUUUUGAUGAAUGCUUGAAUAUUUGUGAGAAAAUACUAAACAAAGAUCAAUAUAAUUUUGAUGUUAUACCGAAUUAUUUGAGUUGUUUGUAUGAAUUGGGAGGGAAAAAUAAAUUAUUUCUUAAAGCACAUCAAUUAGCAGAAUUACAUCCUACUAAUCCAAUGACAUGGUUAGCUAUUGGUACUUAUUAUUUAUCUAUUAACAAAGUAGUUGAAGCUAGGAAAUUUUUCAGUAAAGCUACUUUGUUGAAUCCCAAUUUUGGACAAGCAUGGAUUGGAUUUGCCCAUACAUUUGCCGCGGAAGGAGAACAUGAACAGGCUAUUAGUGCUUAUGCUUAUGCAGCUAGAUUAUUCCCAGGAACUCAUUUACCUAAUUUAUUUCUUGGAAUGCAACAUUUACAAAUGAAUAAUUUGAAUUUACUGGAAGAGUAUUUAUUAGCAUCGUAUCAUAUAUGUAAUAGUGAUCCAUUGUUAUUGAAUGAAUUGGGGGUGAUUAAUUUCCAUAAAAAUCAAUUUGAUAAAGCAGAAAUAUACUUACAAGAAGCAUUGACUGCUGCAAAGAAUCUAAACUCGGAUUCCAAGACAUGGAUAUCAAUUCAUGCUAACUUGGGACACGUGUAUCGUCGUGCGAAUCAACCUUAUAAAGCAUUGGAAUGUUUUAAUCAAGUUUUGAAAAUAAGUAACAAGAAUGAUGCUAACAUAUUAUCAGCCAUUGGAUUAAUCCAUUUGAGGUUAGGUAAUAUAUUCAAGUCAAUUGAUAUAUUACAUGAUGCAUUGGCUAUAUCACCAUUGGAUCCAGUAGCUAGUGAUUUACUUAAAAGAGCAUUGGAAGCAAAUAAAGAAAAUCAAGAAAUAUUUAAAACUACCGAGAAAUUGAUUCAAUUGGAUUUACCAAAUGAUGGUGGAAGAUUAAGGAAAAGAGGAGGGAAAUCAAAACCAAGUAUUGAGAAGUCAAAAGAUGAUAUUAAUAAAGAUGCUAAUAAGUUAUUAGGAACACCAUUACUUUCUAAGACGAGAAAUCUUGAACCAGUUAAUAUUGAAGAAUCGAAGAAUGAAUAUGAUGACGUCACAUUAUUAGCCCAAGAUUUGCAACAAGGAGAAGAAUCAAGUGAUGAUGAUGAUGACGAUGAUGGUAUGGAUAUAGUAAGUGAUUAA